GGCGGCGGAGGACCCCCCCGGCGGGCGGCAGCUGAGCCCGGGGUCGAGGCGAGGGUUCCGGGGGGACCAUGCCCGGAGGCCGGCCGGCCGCAGCAUGGCUCACGGGCCCGGCGCACUGAUGCUCAAGUGCGUGGUGGUGGGCGACGGGGCGGUGGGCAAGACGUGCCUGCUCAUGAGCUAUGCCAACGACGCCUUCCCCGAGGAGUACGUGCCCACCGUCUUUGACCACUACGCAGUGAGCGUCACCGUUGGAGGCAAGCAGUACCUCCUGGGACUCUAUGACACAGCGGGACAGGAAGACUAUGACCGUCUGAGGCCUUUAUCAUAUCCAAUGACUGAUGUCUUCCUCAUAUGCUUCUCCGUGGUAAAUCCAGCCUCGUUUCAAAAUGUCAAAGAAGAGUGGGUGCCGGAGCUUAAGGAAUAUGCACCAAAUGUACCCUUUUUACUAAUAGGAACUCAGAUUGAUCUCCGAGAUGAUCCCAAAACUUUAGCAAGACUGAAUGAUAUGAAAGAAAAACCCAUUUGUGUGGAGCAAGGACAGAAGCUAGCGAAAGAGAUAGGAGCAUGCUGCUAUGUGGAAUGUUCCGCUUUAACCCAGAAGGGAUUGAAGACUGUUUUCGAUGAGGCUAUCAUAGCCAUUUUAACUCCAAAGAAACACACAGUAAAAAAAAGAAUAGGCUCACGAUGUAUAAACUGUUGCUUGAUCACGUGAGAUUUGCCUGCCAUGACAAAGGAGACUGUCCACUUUGGAGAAUAUGUGUGCAAUGCCGCAGCUGUACCCAGACCUCUCACAGAUAAGGAAGCAGCUUCAAACUUGAAAGGGGGAAAAAAAGAGAGAAAGCCUGUACUCAGAAUUCUACAAAGUUUAUGAAAAAUUUUCCUCAAAGGUCCAAGAAGCAGCAGCAAACAGCAUCUGAAGCCACAAUCUAUUAUAAAUACUUUAUUUCAACUAGAAGAUACAAUCUCUCAGGGGUUUCAUAGUUUAAAAAGCUACAAUCACAAUCAUGUUGUGAACUACAUUAAAAAAAAAACAGUGCUGUAAAUGAACUGCUUGGCUCUGACCAUGGACAUUUCUGCACAGCCCUUAUGGAAUCUGCACAAAGGAAUUAUCUUUCCCCCUUGGCUCCUAUUAAUUGUUCUUGUAUGUAAGUCGCUUUCUAUUCCAGUAUAUCCAGAGUGGUGAAAUGAUGAGGCCAGCCAUGUAGCCAAAGGUUGCUCCAAGCGUACAGGAGAUGGGCCAUACCUGCAGAAAGAAUGUGAGACUCAGAAAGAACAAAUGUCUUUAUUAUUCCUUGAGCACAAGUUACAAGUGUAAUCUAAAUAUUUCUAUAUUAAGGCUUACUGUGCUUUCUUAAUGCCAAAAGUGUAACAAGGUCAUACCUGCAUUUAUUAUGAACACUAAAACACUGUAUGCAUUUUAGUUAGUGCGCAUUCAAUUGUAUCAAGGCUUCCAGGAAUUGUAGGUUUAGUUUGCUCCCCAAAUUGCAUGAGACACAGGCUAAAAUUACAAAUUAAAAUUUUGGGUCAGACUUUGCCAUAAUGCUGGACUCAAUUUAGCUUUCUGAGUUAGUUGGUGAUUUAAAAAAAGAAAAAAAGGAAUUUCAUAUCAGCUGUGUACAUGAAAUGAAAUGAGAAAUGUGUAUGCUGACCAGACCAAGACAUAUGUGAAUGUUGCUAAAGAGGAAGGAUGUAGAAUUCAAGCAUGCUGUGGGAUUUCCAGCAGAGCAGCUGCUUCUGUGAAACUGAUGCUACCUUUCAGAUGCAGUACUGGAAUUAGUGGCUAUAACCUAUAGAUCAUUAUCACAGUGCCCAGACUGUACGCAGUACUAGCUUCCAAACACCCAGUUUCCUCCAGCCACAUCACAUUUCACAAUGUGACAUCAAGCUAGAAGUAAAUAGUGUUCAUUCAUUUCAUCCACAACAGUGCGUGUUAAUCACUUGGUAAAAAGGCUCUGCUUAGAAGCACAGUUGGAGAUGAGUAUGGCAGACUGGAGCCUUCUCUGCUCUAUGGGGGAACAGGCCACGGAACUGUGUAGGAGUGAACCAUCUUAAUCACCAGUCCUUUCACCUGAUCAGCUGCGCGUUUGUUCUGCUGUAAAGCUCUGCCUUACUCCAAAUGCUGUGUAAAAGACGACAGUGUCAGCCACACUUUGUCUGAACUGCAUAGUGCAGCACAGAAAAGCAUCCUCUAAUCCAUAAGUUUUCUUUUCCAGCCUUUCCUACAUUUCAACCUGCUGUUGCCUAAAUCACCAUUUAUUUUGUAUGUCUUUGGUGGGCUUCUGAUAAUUCUUCUGACUUGAGCUUAGAGCUAUGUCUCUUGCACAGAUUGGGUAAUGGAACACUAAACUUUUAUACUUGAAAAUGACAGCCUUAAGUGCUCCUAUCAGUCACAAACCUAGGAUGUACUGUCUUGUCAUGUGUGAGCUUUGUAGAGAUUUUUAAAAACAAGCGUCAUCUUCCCCAGUGAAGAGUGGACAGAGUCUGCAGGAUAACUUGUUGGGAACUUUCUCUUCAAACUGAACUUUUGAUGUCUUCUUUCUCCCCAAAUGUGGUGGUUCACAUUCAGAAUCAUGGCCUUAUAUGUGCUCAAAUGGAAUCUUAUAUGUAACUUUCUCAUUUACUUUUGGUCUAAUAUUUUUAGAUAGAAUUGAAAAAAACUAUAUAAAUCAAUUGACGUAUUAGCUAAGUUGUACAACACAUGCUAUAAAGGAAUUAAGACAGUAAAGUAUUAUACAUUUCCAACUUGUCUUUGGGAAUUUGAUGGAAUUUUUUUUCUUCUUCCAAAUUCACAUCUCUGAAACCCUCUACACUUGGUUGACUAGCUAAUGAAAGUUAAAAUCUAUCUGUCCUACUCUAAAAGAAAUUGAUUAGGAAGCUGAAAGUUCAAACUGGUGUCACCUCUGUUUCUUGGCUGGGCCUGUUUCCUCAACUUUUACAAGUGGGAGGCAGAACUCGGCCUUAGGAUUUUCUGCUUUCUUAUUCACAGUAAUCACUGUUGGACGUUGACCUUUUGGUCUCACGUUCUCAGGGUGGUAAAAAUCAUCCGUUGAGAUGAUCGGGACUCUCUGCAAGGUGACUGUAUCAUCCGAACCUGCGGUGCCUUAGGUACUCUACCGACCUGGAUGGGGUUUGGAGUUUCCCAUUGCUUAUUAAGAAUGUUUUGAUUGCUUUGGCUCCUUGCUAUUUCAGCUUUGCAAAAAUCCUUCUGGCCACUUUACCUAAAAAACCAAAGAUUUUUUUUCUUCAUAAGCAGAUUGUAGAAAAAUUGCCUUAUUUUUAGAAGCAUGUCUUCACUGAAGGCUUAUGCUUUAAGAGAAAUUCAAGCUAACCACUAGAAUGGCUAUUUUAAAUUAGUGAACUGUGGGAAAUAAAAUAUUUCUAAAAUCCCUUAUUGACAUGAACUUUGCUAGUGAAUGCAAAUGCAUUGCUUCAAAUAAGGUCAUGUAUGCAAAUUGGCAGUUAAUCAGUUUUGCACUUGAGAUGUACAGCUCUUAAACAAUUUUCAGGACUCCCUGAAAUCUUAAUACUUUGCUAAGCUCUACACUUAUUCUAUCUCUACAGCUACAUUUUAGGUUAGUUUGUGUUGGAUUACCAUGUUUCCAAUAAGCAGAGCUUGAACUGAUGGUUUUUGUUAUGAAUUACCUUAAUUAAUUUACCAUAUACUGCUUCCAAUUGACUUUUAGGUAUUAGUUUUCAAUAACAAAUUAAGUACUGGUUUAUUGGUUGUUGCUUUUUUUAAGUGACUGAUACUUUAACAGUGUCCCUCCUUAACCCAGGGGGUUACAAAUAAAAUAAUAUGUGUAGUUUACUUCCUAUGUAUACCAUUGAAUUUCUUAGUUUGUAUUUAGCACCUUAUUGAAACAUUUGAAAGAAUAUUCUUUCCUCCUUUCUCCUCUGUGUCUCUGCUUGUCAUUGGCCUAGAAUGACUAUCUGCCCUCCCUUGGCAAGCUCACUGCCCAAGUGCCGGGGGAAUUCAGCUAGAUUCCAGUGUGGGCUAUUGGAUGCUGUUUACAUCACUGUCAUUUCAGCAUGGCUCUUUGUUCUCACACAUACUUUCAUACUUAAAUCGCCCUAUUUUACCUCCAACCGGCUGCCAGAACUGAAAGCAAUGUAUUAAAACAUUUUUGUCUAAUGAGUGGUAAAUGUUUGACAUCCUUUAUAUUCUAUAUUAUAUAAAUCCCAAAGGUCCAUGCCUUUGGAUUAGAACUGACUUUUAAGAUUGUUUGCUAAUGAUGGAUAAAUCUUUGUACUUGAUAGAAUAUUCUCUUGACUUUCCUGAUAUAGGCAAUCCUUGAUUGUAACAGAGAUAUUUUAAAAGAGAUUUUUUUAGAAAGAGGCAUCUUUAAUCUACUGGUUCACUACCCAAAUGCUAGAAUCAGGACUAGGCCAGGCCAAAGCCAGGAGCUCAGCAUUCAAUCCUUGCCUCCCGUGUGCGUGGCAGGAACCCAGGUACUUGAGCCUUCACCUGCUGCCUCCAAGGGUGCUCAUUAGCAGGAAGGAUCGGAAAUGGCAAAACCAGGCACUCUGAAAUGAGACGCAAGCAUGCCAUGUGGCAGCUUAACCACUGUCCCCUGUGAACAGUCCUGCUUUUUGUAGAGCAAAGUUAAAAAAAUAGCAAAAGUAGCAGCUCAAUGAACAGCACUAGGGAGACUGCCUAAUAAUAACCACUGGUUGAGCAAUUUUCAACUUUCUUAUUGCUUCAAAGAUUUAAAAACUGCACUAUGGCAAUAAAACUCCUAUGAACUUGUGCCUGGGUUCUGUCCCAGCUCCAUUCUCCUUUAUAGCUUCCUGCUAAUUCACACCCCUGGGAGGCAGCAGGUGGUGGCUCAAAUACUUGGAUUUCUGCUACCCAUUGAGAGACAUACAUUGGGUGCCUGGUUCACAGCUUCAGUCUGACCCAAUCUGUGCAGCAAAUGGACAGUUGAAGAGUGAAUUAGUGGCUAGGAGAUCUGCCUUUUAAAUGAAUUAACCAGAGUACAAUAAAAUUUGAUCUUAAAAUUUUUCAUGUCUAACAUAUGGAAAUUUUUUCUAUUCAGUAUUCUUCAUGCCACAAAUGGUAUUUAAAAAUAUAUGUGGCUUCAAACACACCACUCAGCUGCAUUGUCAUAAAUAUUUCUCCAAAUUCUGUUUAGUAAGGACAAAGUUUGAACAGACAUUCAGGGAAAGGAAGUCAUUCACAAAUGUUUGCCACCAAAAUGAGAACCUUUUCAUUCAGUUUUUUAAAAAGCAUAAUGGUUUAAAAAAAUUAUUCAAUAAAAAGAAUAACCUAUGUUUCAUAAAAAUAUAACACAACACAAAUGGGUACAAAUGAGAAAAAUAUUAUGAAAAAGAAACUUCUAAAACCAGAGAGGACGGCAUCCUGUUGGGAGAGAAUUAUCACUGUCUUCCCUCUUGACUCUGUGAUAUAUUUUCUAUCCCUGAAGCCAAAAAAGGCCACUAUUCUCUUAAAAUAAUGGUGUUGGGAAACAGGGGGUCUUGAAAAAGUUCAUGAAAAAUGUGGACUGUGAAAAAUCUGCAUGGAUUUCAAAGAAUUUUGUGCCAAAAUAAACAUCUUUGAAUUCCAUUUGUGCAUGAACUUCCUGCAGUCCCCUUGCAUAUGUGCAGAUGAAAUCUAUCAGUUUUCUGGCUGUGAACUGCAUGGUUUACUCCUCGUCUCAAAGGCCAGAACACAGAGCUCAGCAGUGUUACGCACGGGUCUCCCAGGCAGAAUGCUUCUCCGGGUCUCACUAGCUGGUGCUGGGCCCAGUGCAUGUAGUCGGGUUCACGUGGCUGGCAUUAUCCCUUCACAUGUCAGUCCCACUGGCACAGCAUCAGCAACGUGCUUACUAUCAUGAGCAGCUUUGAAAUCUACAACCCUCAGGCCAGGCCUGUCACUUAAGGAUUAUGCGCACCCCGCUUCCUGGAAACAUAAAUCAUAUGAAUAUAAAUUAAUAUUUUAUUUGAGUAUAAAACAGUAAUAACCCUUUGGGAAGCAGAAAUACUAAUUAACCUAAAAACACACAACUUCUCAAUCAACCAAUUCUAUAACCUUUUAUCCCUCCUUUCUGCACUGGCAAGGAUUCAUUUAGUUAUAAUCCUAUGAUGUCAAAUUCAAUACAAACUCAUUAUCUGCCAUCCAUGAUUUAAGGAAUUAAUAUGUAUGUUUGGCAAAUAUUACAUUUUUAUUCUGGUAAAAUUGGAGGGAAAAAUCUAAAUGUGACAAUGCCUCAUUUAUCUGAUAUAUGGGAAUACAAAUAAAUAUUUAACAAAAUUUUUUUCAAAAAUAAUAUCAAACGAUUAUAAUCAAAAGUUUCAAAUGGACUUGUAACAAAUUAUUAUUAUUAAAUCUAUUCUGAUUUUAACUGUAAGAAAUAAGUAUCUUGAGACCUAAUUAGCUGGUCCAAAUCAUUUUAGAGGUAGUGACAUUGAAAUCCAAACACAUUUGUGGGUUUUUUGGGCGCAAAAUACACUGACCACAGAUAUAUUAAACUGUGGCCUGAAAUACAGGCACAAUGAUGGUGGUGAUGGCAUUUAAAGGACAAAAUAAGGCAAAGAAAAGCUGUAUAAUAACUACCUUGAAAAACCAAAAGCUAUUUUCAGUCUCUGGCAAUGAGGACCAUGUUGCAGCAGGGCUGUGGUUGGAGUCCUAAAUCUCACCAGCCAAGUAGUUUUGAGCAAGACGUGUACUCCUCCCCUCCCACACUUUGACUUUCUAGGAUGUAAGAGUGGGAACGAAACCCUGCA